AUGCAACAUGACGACAAUGCUAGCCUGCACAGAAUGGAGGCAUCAAUCACGGCUAAUGGCAUUGCCAUACCGGUAGUAACUGGCUCUCAUCAGCAAGGGCCCGGUUCAUUGGCUCAAGCCACUUGUUCCCUAACAUCAGGAAAGCAUCAUAGAAGGAGUUGGAAGAUGAAGCAUCAACGCACCGCUGAGAAUGGUGUGGAUGUGACUUUGGAAUCUAAUUCGAAAGUGCAACUAGAAGACUUUUUGCCGGUCUGGCAGUCUAUUGUCCGCCAUGCCAAACUCCUGCACUGUCUGACAUUGUUAACUUGCAAUGCAUUUCCUACAUACAAAGACGGCCUCAACAAUGCAUGCGCCUGCAUCUCCGCCACUGUCAAGGAGUAUGAGCAGAGGAACAAUCAGUCUGUGAUCAAAGACGAUGCCCAGAUAUCUGUGGAUGUUAUCAAAUUAGUAAAUAAUAUAUAA